CUCGCCUCACUUUUCAGCUUGAAGGUAGCAGUCUAGUGGUAUAUACAAGUCUGUGGUAGGCACGCAGAUGUCGAGAUGCAUUAGAGAUAGAGAAGAAUUGAUUCGAGAGGCUCGAUCAAUGGAAUUAUCCAUUUUUCCUAACGUAGUCUCUAAGGGUAUCAGGUUUAGUUAAUCUACUGAAAUAAGCCAAUCACGCCAGCGACGAGACACAAGUUAAUGACGAGUUUUCUUCCGCCCCUCAGCGGGUGGACAGGAGUACCGGGGCAGCGGUGGCAACUUCGAGAACGCCAAUGACCUGAGCAUGCCGUCGCAGACCGCGCACCACCACCACCAUCACCACCAUCAUCACCACCAUCAUCCCCAUCUGCAGACGCAUUCCCAGGAGCAGCAAACCACGACGGAGCACUUGCACGCCAUCCCGAAGCUGGAACCGCCGCCCACACCGCCCGCGCAAUCCGAGGACGUUCCAGGGAACGUGGUCUGCGCGGGAUGCGGCCUCAAGAUAUCGGACAGGUUCUACCUCCAGGCCGUCGACAAGAGGUGGCAUGCCGCGUGCCUGCAGUGCUCGCACUGUCGCCAGGGUCUCGACGGGGAGGUCACCUGUUUCAGCAGAGACGGGAACAUCUACUGCAAGAAGGACUACUAUCGGAUGUUCGGCAGCAUGAAGCGGUGCGCGCGCUGCCAAGCGGCGAUCCUGGCGUCCGAGCUGGUGAUGCGCGCGCGCGAGCUCGUCUUCCACGUGCGCUGCUUCUCGUGCGCGGCGUGCGCGGUGCUGCUGACGAAGGGCGACCACUUCGGCAUGCGGGACGGCGCCGUGCUCUGUCGGCUGCACUACGAGAUGGGCGCCGAGCUGCAUCCGGCCCAGAGCCCGCCGGUCCCGGUCUAUCCGCCCGGGCCGCACUACCCCGGCCAGCCCUUUCCCUCGCCCGAGUUCCUCCAUCACCAUCAUCUUCAUCACCAUCACGCGCCGCCGCACCCUCAUCACUCGAUGCACCCCCAGCACCCGCACAGUCACGUCAGCCCGGUGCCGUUGCCCUCCACGCCUUCCAUGCCCGACGCCUCCUCGCCGCCGAAGGUGCCCUACUUCAACGGCGCCGCCGCCGUGGUCCCGCCGCCCAGGCAGAAGGGCAGGCCCAGGAAGAGGAAGCCCAAGGACAUCGAGGGUAUGACCGCGAGUCUUGACCUAAACGCGGACUACAUAGACAUGCCCUUCGGCAGAGGAGGCCCCGGGACCCCCGGUAUACCCGGCUCCAACAGCAGGACGAAACGGAUGAGAACGAGCUUUAAGCACCACCAGUUGAGGACGAUGAAGAGCUACUUCGCGAUCAAUCACAAUCCCGACGCGAAGGAUCUCAAGCAGCUUUCCCAGAAAACUGGCUUGCCGAAAAGGGUGUUGCAGGUCUGGUUCCAGAACGCGCGAGCAAAAUGGCGGCGCAUGGUGCUGAAGCAGGAGGGCAAGUCCGACAAGUGCGACGGGGGGGUGGACGGUGGUAAUCUCGGCGACCUUGAGCUCUACGGGAACAGCACCGGAAGCGGCGGGCCGCCGAUGAGUCCGCCCUUCAUGCUCGGCGGUCCUCACAGUCCCGCGUCCCUGGCGUCCCUGGACUGCGCGUGAUCCCCGACGUGAUCCUGAAUCCGCGCUCUCGUUCGCGCGUCCACGUCCUGCUGCGGGACACCGGAUGUAUUCGGAUGUGCACCCUUCCGGACGGUUCCUCACGUGAGUGAAGUCGCUCGCGAGUGCGUGGGGACGAUGAAUUGUGAAUAGUCUGCGAGCGCGGGGGUGUAAAAAGGAAAGAGGGACGACGCGUUUUCCGCGAGCGGAAAUCCGCGGGCGGGUCGAGGAGCGCGCUCUCCGAGAGCGCCGACUUCCCUCGCUCGAGAGGGAAGUCUGAGGUUCCUCUCGACCGACGAAACACGGACGAGAGGCCCGUCCCUCGACUGCCGUCUGGCGAAAAUCGAGGUGAAAUAAAAUAAAAAUUGGCUUCUCGAACGGGAGAGCUCGCUUCGGAUCGAAGACGAUGUAAAAUUUGUGCGCGCUGAUGCGCGCAAUUUUGUUUAAUCGAUAAAAUCGUUGUAUUUAUUGUAGCUCGAAUAGCGGCGCCCCGUCGCAGAACACUAAAGUCGUUCGUCGAAGGGCAAUGUAAUUAGUGAACGAGAUCUAUUUAUUCGCCUAAGUUUAAUUAAGGAUCGCGAACAUUACCAGUGCUGUGUGGGAAUUCGGCGUUUCGCGAGUUUUCGAGGAGAGUUGCCGUCAUCCUCGACGAUCUUUUACGCUCGGGGAGCGUCAAUUAUUACUUUCAUUAGGUGACGAAUCAAUUUAUUCGAUUAUUAGUUAGACCAUUUUACAGUUUUCCUGUACAUAUAUGUCCUUUCCUUCUUAUUUGCGAAACGUUUCCAAAUCUUUUAAUAAAACUGACUAUUGCUGGUCAAUUGAUAAAUAAUCGAGAUUUCUCUAGUUUUCCGAUUGUAUCUUCUAAGCAUAUUUUUCUAAUCGUGUCGCGUUCUCUGUAAAUAAAAGCAGACAUCCGUGCAAAACUAAACCAACUUGAGGAUCAGUCGGAUCUCCGUCGAGCGCUCGAGCGAAACGCUGAAUUUUGACGAGGGAAUUAUUUAUAAAAGAAAGGAAACGAGCUGCGAACCCGCGCGUUAUUGUAAUUAUUGCUCAAGAUCAGACCGCGACAAACCCGCGAAGAAGCAACCCACGGUUCGACCUGGUUAUUACUGUAAAUAAAGGACGUUCCUCGUGCGUUUCUCUUAAGGCACCGUUAUAGGUUGUAGGGCCCUAUUAAUUGCAUUCGGUAGCGGUCGUGCUUCUCUAGGCGAGAGGUAAAAGUAAUAGUAAAUGAGGAUACGCAGGACACUACUGUUAUUAUUGCUCCUACUAUUAGUCCUCCUUGUAACGAUGCGGCAGGAUUGUCCAAACUUUUGCAAGAUCAUUUUUUCAUUGAAUAUAUUUUGACAAUAUA